ACGUGUUACACCUUCCGGGUCAGUGACGCUCCUCCCUGUGUUUUCCACACGUGUGUACAGAAAUGUGUUGAUAUUCUCCUUCAGUAAUUGUACUCCUGUUUGCGUCCUUUUUAGCUCUGUUAAAGUUUUAUUUGGUGAAAAUGGACCUCGCCUCUAGGGACUCGUACAUUCAGAGUCUCGCAAGCAAAGUGAUUUCUCAGCGGGAGCACGAGGCAAAGAAGAGACCGUUUGGUAUGUGAGCUCACUGUUUUAGUCCGCACCAACAUAAUAGUGACACUUUUACUGCAGAAUAACAGCAAACAUCACUGUUACAGCUUAAAUGUUGUGGAUAAUUCUGUCCGAGUCUGCUGUUAGAGGGUUAAGAGAAACAGACUUGGAUCCAGAACCUCUGAUAUGAUAUGGAUAACAGUGUCUAAGAUUUGUCAAACCUUUAACCACAACUCCAAACGAUCCUCACUUAUUCUAGAGAGGCUAAAACUUAAAAAAAAAAAAAAAAAGAUUUGCAAUACCUUCAUUAUCUACAGAAGUGCAGUAGGGGAGACGGGGGUAAGUUUAGCCACCCCCUGUUGCUUGAAAAUGGUAAAAAAUUGAUCAUGUGACCAAAUAUUUAGGAGAUGGGCAUCAAUUCAUGGAGUCUGUGAAGGUUAGAAGCACAUGGGUGAAGGGGUUAGACAUUUAUUUCCAAAAAGCAUUUCUUACAUUUGAAAGUGAAUUUAGUCUGUCAUAAGUUUUAUUAGAAUUGUGUUUAGACUAAAAAAGAUCAUUUUAAAUUUGCAAACAUUUUAUUUCUAAAAAGAAAAUAGAAUAUCGCACAAGACCAUAGACUGUAUAAUUGGCACGGACCAGCUGCUGCCUGGCACUGACGUUACCUGGUCUCUUCCAGCUCUGCAGCCAGUCAUCUGUCCUAUGCCCCUUGUGUUCAGGCUGUAUUCUCUCAGCAGUCACCUCACUAUUGGCAGCAGGCUGUGCAACGGGUGACGGGCCUGUUGUAUAGUAGGCCUGUGUGGUGGUCCAAAAUAUUUACAUUUAGUCAGUAAACGGUAACAUGUAAAAGCAGAGGGAGUGUUUAAAAAAUAACUGUAAAAAGUCACUUAUUAACUCAUCUAGAAUGCAGUCUGACCACACUACAAACCCACAUUGAUUUGAGCUGUUUUUUUAAUAGAUUCUUCAUGAAUUGAUAUGUGUUGAUGAGUUAAAUAAGACUAUUUAGUAUUAUAGUAUUACAGACUAGCUGUUAAACUGAGCUUUACAGAAGCCAGCCUGUCUACUAAAGUCCAUUGUUGAACCAAAAUUUAAAAAUAGUUCUUUAAAUGUACAAAUGGUAUUUUUAUACACCCGACAAAGGCUGCGAUAUUUUAUUUUCUUAAGUUCAAAACUCCUGUAUUUUUCCAUUUAUAUACCUGUUGUGUUGAUUUGUGUGUAGCACAUGUCAAGGGGAAAAGUGAUGGUGGUCCUCCAAAGAAGAAGAAGAAGUGCAAAAAGAAGCAUUUUAAAGAAAAGGUUGCAGAUGAGAAGACUCAGAAAUCCCCCAAAAAGUCUUCACAAAAAAGCCCAACCGCAGCUAAACUGAAUGGAUCCAAAACCCAGAGCAUAAACGGAUCUACAGCAAAGCCACCUAAAGGUACAUUCUGCAUAUUCAAGUUUAGUCAUUGUCUCAUUAUGUUGUCCAAAGAGGAUAUUCUGAUUUGUGGCAAAUUUCUUUGCAAUUCUUGGUCUCUUUCUGCCAUUUACAAUGUUCUUUUUAUACAUUUAAUUUUUUAUAGGAGGGAAAGUCGAGUCCAGUUUCUCCACUGUGGAUGUUCUACGAAAGAGACUGCAUGAAAAGAUCGAAGAGUCCAGAGGACAGGUAUGCAGGAUGCAGUCAGAUUUUUUUACACAACCUUUCUGGAGCUGUCUAGCACACAUGUCCUACACAUUUUCUGUGUCUGACAUCAUGAAAUACUCAAGAUUUUGUAUGGAGACUUUAUUUAGAGACUUUAUACAGAGUGUCUCUGCAAUACAGACACAACAGUCAGAAAACGUAAAUCUGACACCUGAGGCAAGCAGUGAAAGGUCAAACAAGAAAACUCAGAUCAAUGUGAACACAGCCACAUAAAAAAUCUGCCUAAAGACAGGCUAAAGGAAUCUGAAGCUUUUUCUCCACCAGGACAGUGUAAGUAAUUUUCAGUAGUGUAGAGCACAUUUAGAAGCAGCUGUAGGAGCAGUGUGGUUUACCUAUAACUUCACCUAUUGACUCCUCUACUAGAAACAGGUUUAGACAAAUAGCAGAACAGGUCAGUAUUUACAGCAGUUAAAUGUUUGCUUCCACCAAACGCCAAAGUUUUGGUGUAUAAACAAAAGUCUGUAUGCUUUUUUCGGAUGCAAAUCCAGAACAAAUGAAGAGUGAGAGGUCCCAGGCAAGUUCAAAUACAGUAGAGGAAACGUUUGAUGUUUAAUUGUGUGUUACAGUAUAGAAUGAACAUGGUGUUUUAUUUUCACUGAACAAAAACGGAUAUUUGUUUCAUGACAGAGUAUAAGGGCCACAUCUAAGAUGUUUAUGUCUUGAGAAGUAAGUUGUGAUAAAGUCUCACAAGGAUAACUCUGUUGUAAAAUUAUUAUGUCACAAGAAUGAAAUAGUUGUUCAACAAGAUCAAAGUCAUUUGGCUACGGGAAUAAAGCCGUAAUAAAGGAAAAAACUUAUGAGAAUAAAGUUGGAGUAAAGUUAGUAAAUAACAGUAAUUCAAGUCGUUUUUCUAAGAGAUUCAAGUCACAUUGUUAAUAAAAUCCUGUUAAAUUCAUAUUCUUAUGAGGAUCAAGUUGUAGUAAAGUCAUAAUAUGAUUCUGAUUUGAUUCUGCUGCAAACUUCAGGAGUCAUACUGAUACUUUGCAGCUACAGACCACAGUUUAAAAGGUCCUGCUGCAGUAUUUUGAUUGAAUUUGAAAUAAAGCAGAAACCUGAUGCAGCCAUUACUCUAGUUUCUAAUCCUUAAGAAAGCCAUUUGUAUGUAUUUUACUUUGUAAUACUGUUACUGAUGUAUUCAGCAUGUCAAGGGCUGACUUGGGCAAUAGUUGCAUAGUAUUUUUGGACUAACAGGUUUUAUUGAUUUUCCUCCAGGGAGCUCCAAAAAAUGCAUUAUCCGAGGCCGUCCAGGCAAAACGAGCAAAACGAAAACUAGAGCGUGAGCGUAAGAAGAGGAAGAGGAAGGAGUUUCGCAUGAAGAAACUGGCUGAACAAAGUGGAAAAGAAGAGCAGCCAGAGAUAAAACAGGAACCAGAGCAACACACCCCAGCUGCAAGCAAAAGAAACCAGAGCGCCAUCAUCUUCAAUAAGGUGGAAACAGUAGAGGAGGGAUAUGUGGACAAAAUCCAGAAAAAGAAGGACAAGAAGAAAAGUAUGAAGGGUCAGAUUACACCGCUGACUGGGAAGAACUACAAGCAGCUGCUCAGCCGCGUGGAGGCCCGCAAAGCAAAGCUGGAGCAGCUACGGGAGAAAGAUGAAGGGAAAGCACGAGAAAUGGAGGAGAAGAUGAAGUGGACCAACAUGCUCUACAAGGCCGAGGGCAUCAAAAUUAAAGACGACGAGGACAUGCUGCGCACAGCGUUGAAGAAGAAGGAGAAGAAGCGCACUCAGAGGAAGAAGAACUGGGACAAACGCAGCGGGAACAUCGUGGAGAAGAUGCAGCAGCGGCAGGACAAGAGAAAAAAGAAUAUCCAGAGGCGGAAGCAGGUGAAAACAGAGAAGAAGAAGGACAGGGCGAGGAAGAAAGGCAGAGUGCUGCCCGAGGACUUGAAAAAAGCUGCAAUUUAGAGGACAGACUUUAAGACAGUGUUUUGAAACAAUAGAACACGUACAGUUCACAAUUAGUAAAAAUCUGUUUUAGCUUCUAUGAGGGAGAAAUAUUUGUGUUACUGUCAAUAAAAAAACUUCUCCAUAUGAUGUCAAAUUGUGAAUAUUGGAAUUUCAAACCCCAUUUUCCAGGCCUGGAUCAUCCAAAAUCCUACAAGAACUAAUGAAACUGUGGGCGGAUAACCCCAUAAUAGAAGAUAACAGACUGAUAGAAGAGCUUGUUUAACAGUGGUCCGGGAAGUAUUAAGAUCUUUUAGUUAAACUACGAUACUUAUAUGAACACAUGGUUAAAACCACUGGAUUAAAAAUCAAACUGUGGGCUGGCAAAGCAUCAACACAAUACUUAUUUAAUCUAACUGAGUACCACUGAAGUGUAACAGUUGUUGAUAUGUAGGGCUAACUUUAUCAAAAUAAGCUUGGUACUGGGUCUCAUUGUUAAAUUGAAAUAUCAACCCAGUGUGUCAAUCUUUAACUGGAUUAUCUCACAUGUCAAAUGAAAAACAACAACAGCUAUUUUAGUUCAGGUUGUAAUAUUCAGCAGCAUUUACGAGAAUAGACUUGGUAGAAAUAGAAUAAAAUAUAUGUAUGAUGAAGUUACCAUGUAAUCGCUUAGCUCAGGGGGGGGCAUUUCAAUUUGAUUCCUCAGAAUCCUCAUUUCUACAGGGUACUUUUUGGCACUAAAUGAACAUUUGGAAGCUGGAAAAAUAAGAUUGUAAAGUUUUAAAUGCCACUCAUAGUUUUUAGAUCUGCUAUACUCCUAAAUCUUUGUGAUAUUCUGUCAAUAAUAAAUAUCGAUAGGGAGAGCGGGGUAAGAUGAGCCAUUUUUCAUAUUUCGGAUCACUACAACAAGGCAAUCAUAGUUUUGUCUCAAACUAGUGUAUCUGCAUUUAUUUCAAGAUGUUGUGCACUCCUGCAAACCAAUAGAAUGAGUGUUAACAUAAUUGUCUUGAUAAUAUAGCAUGCCAAAAAAGUGGUCUCUUAUGGUCAAUUUACCCCGUGUAUGGGGUAAGUUGACCAUAGGAGCGGGGUUAGUUGAGCACCCCAGCCCUCCCUCACCUUCCCUCUCCCUAAAUAAAAGUCACUUCUUUACA